AUCAAAUAAAUAAAAGGCUGCGCCUGCGCUUGGCUACACGGCAAAUCACCUUCGUCGCCUUUUUUGUUGGCAAAUUAAUAAGAAAUAUGUUGAAAUCCUAAUUUAUGUAUAUGCACCAAUACAUAUACAUAAGUGUGUGGGUGUGUGUGUUAAAUAUAUUUGUGAAUGCAAAUCAAGCGAAAAAACAGCAAAUCCGCUAAACGUCGCACAAAGGAUUUUAUUAUGGAUACCACAAAUCAAAUGCAUUUGGAGCUCGAAAGGCCCAUAAGUCGCACUCCACUGACGCAGAUCUCGUAUCUGCAGAAGAUACCUACGUUGCCGCGCCACUUCUCGCCCAGCCAGGCAGCAGGGCCUUUGAGCACACUUGUUGGGCUGCCCAGCAGCUCAUCGGCGAGCGCUUUGUAUGCGGCACAGAAUGCGGGCAUGUUGCCCACAUCGCCGGUGCCGUUGCAGCGGCAUCAGCAAUACCUGCCGCCGCAUCACCAACAGCUGCCGAUGUUGCCUCCAACGGUUGCCCAGGCCAAGUACACGAAUGCACACCAGCAACAGCAGCAGCAGCAGCAGCCACAUCAUCAGCAUCAUCAGCUGUCGCCGGCGCUGUCGACGCCAUCGCCGCCUUCACUGCUGCAUCAUCCGGCGGUGAACUCGAGCUCCUCUUCCUCGUCGGCAGCAGCAGCAGCGGCGGCAGCGCAUGCGCCCUUCCUAGCCGGUCCGCACAUGCAGGACAUGCAACGGCAAUCGCACUCGGACGAUGACAGCGGCUGUGCGCUGGAGGAGUAUACCUGGGUGCCGCCCGGCCUGCGACCGGAUCAGGUCCGCUUGUACUUCUCGCAAAUACCCGACGACAAAGUGCCAUACGUCAACAGUCCCGGCGAGCAGUAUCGUGUGCGACAAUUGCUGCAUCAACUGCCGCCGCAUGAUAACGAGGUUCGUUACUGUCACUCACUGACGGAUGAGGAGCGCAAGGAGCUGCGUCUGUUUUCCACACAGCGCAAACGUGAUGCACUUGGACGCGGCAAUGUGCGACAGCUGAUGAGCGCACGUCCAUGCGAUGGCUGCGACGAGCUGAUUUCCACUGGCGACAUUGCGGUCUUUGCCACGCGCCUUGGUCCCAAUGCCAGCUGGCAUCCGGGCUGUUUUACGUGCUGCAUUUGCCGCGAGCUGCUCGUGGAUCUCAUCUAUUUUCAUCGCGAUGGUCGCAUGUAUUGUGGCCGCCACCACGCCGAGACGCUCAAGCCGCGCUGCUCAGCCUGCGAUGAGAUUAUCCUGGCGGAUGAGUGCACUGAGGCCGAGGGACGCGCCUGGCAUAUGAAUCAUUUCGCCUGCCACGAGUGUGACAAGCAGCUGGGCGGCCAGCGAUACAUUAUGCGGGAGGGCAAGCCGUACUGUCUGCUCUGCUUCGAUGCGAUGUUCGCCGAGUAUUGCGACUACUGUGGCGAGGCGAUUGGCGUCGAUCAGGGCCAGAUGAGCCACGAUGGUCAGCACUGGCAUGCCACCGACGAAUGCUUCUCGUGCAACACCUGUCGCUGCUCGCUGCUGGGUCGCGCGUUUCUACCGCGCCGUGGCGCCAUCUAUUGCUCGAUUGCCUGCAGCAAGGGUGAGCCGCCGACGCCUUCGGAUAGCUCCGGCACUGGCAUGUAUACAACGCCCACGCCGCCGGCGCAACGCAUUCGACCACAACAGACGCGCAUACCGAGCAGCCACGCCUCCAGCUCACCGCCCAUGUCGCCGCAGCAGCAGCAACAGCAUCAGGCAAGCUUCAACCAGGCCAUGUACCAGCUGCAGAGCCAGCAGCUUGCUGCCGGCGUGAGUAUUAAUGAGAUGCCCAAGCAAAGUUAUGCCACCUCUGAUUCGGAUGCGGGCGUCGUCAAGGACCUGGAGCAGGUCCAUCGGGACUUUACGGACUUCUCUAGCUCGCAGAAUAUGUCGCCAGGCGACUUCCAGCCGAAUCUGAUGCCCAAGCCCAUGGAGCUGCAGCGCGAUGGUGUCUACAACUUCAACGAGAUGGCCACCAAUUUGGAUGCUGCAUGGCCCGCUAAGCCGCCGCUAGGCGCCACGCACAGCUAUCAGCUGCAGCGGCAGCUGCAACAGGUCACCAAAAUGGACAACUCCAUCACCUCCAGCAUGCCAGAGCUGGGCGUGGCUGGAGCUCAGCAUAUGAUGCAACACUUUGCGCAGCAACUGCCGGCACCGCCGUUGCACGCCUCCGCUCAGCAGUUCCACGCAUCGCAGCAUGAAUAUGCAGACAUAAUGCACCCGCCACCAGUUGGUGAGCUGCCCGAGCUGCCGACCCCGAAUCUGAGUGUGGCGUCUACUGCGCUGCCGCCGGAGCUGAUGGGCUCGCCCACACACUCUGCGGGCGAUCGAUCACUGCAGACGCCAAUGUCCACGCAGUCGGCUACGCAACCGCCGACGCAUCCCGUAUCGAUUUUAAGCGGCGCCAGCUCUUCUUCACCCAUGAGCGGCGAGCCUGGCAAAAAGAAGGGCGUGCGCUUCGAGGGCAUACCGGAUACUCUACCGCGCUCCCGCAGCUACUCUGGCAAUGGAGCCGGCACUAGCGGAACUGGAGAACGGGACAGGGAUAGAGACAGAGACAGGGAUAGGGAGCGGGACAGGGAUCGCGAUGGCAAUCGACAUGGGCAUGCCCAUGGACAUGGACACGGUUCGCGGCGUCGUCGACGUCGCAAAUCCUCGAGCCAUCAUCGCAGCGGCAGCGGCCAUCGUUCGCAUUCGACCACGCGCGCUGACACCUAUGCGCCGGCCCAGCCGCUGUCCUCCUCCUAUCAGGGUCCGCCCUCGGUGUUGCAGGUGGCCGAGCACGAAGCACCGCACAAAUCACCGCGCCAGCAACGCGAACGGGAGCGAGAGCGCGAACGAGACAGGGAAGAAUCCGAGGAAUCGGAUGUGUGCUCCACCUGUUCGUCCAGUUCGUCCAGCUCCGAGGACUACAUGAUGAUGUAUCAACUGCCACAAAGGCGACACUAUGGCGGCGUACGCGUCAGCUAUGUGCCUAACGAUGCGCUGGCCUAUGAUCGAAAGCGUAAGCCCGCCGAGCUGGCUGGCGACAAGGACAAAAACUGCAUCAUCUCGUGAUCCAAGCCGGAGGGCAUUUUAAUUAGCGCUGAUUGCGCGCGCGUCCUGCCUCUUAAUAAAUGAGGCGCCGCAAGCGCGAAUUGCUAACGAAGCAACAGAAGCGGCAGCAACAGCAGCAGCCACCAGGUGGUCAUCAAUUUACUCACACACAUAAACAUAUUUGGAGUCUACAGACAGAGAGCAGAGAGAACUCAUAUCCCGCACUUUUACAAAGCAAUAAAGUUCAACUUGAGAUUUAAGGCGCCUAGAUAUUAAAGCAUUCGAAACUACAAAAACAAAUUACAAAUGAAAUAUGAAAAUACGUUAAGGAAGCCCUUAAAGCGAGGGCUCUUCAAUACUGUUCCAAAUAUAGUACAUUCUACUUAAGCGAAUCAAACUAGCCUAGGUAUACUCUAGAUAUAUCAGCUAUUUUUUAUAACAGAAACACAAACACACACACACACACACAAAUGGUAUAACUAGCUAUAAGACAACAGAGUACUAUGAAAAUAACCUAGACACAUAAUAAGGUAUAUAUAUA